AUGGCGCGGGCGAGGGGUGCUCUGGCUUGGCCUUCCGAUGGCCGCUUGGAGCCCGCGGAGACGGCGCUGCUGGCCAUCGACAUGCAAAUCGACUUCUGCGGCAAAGGGGGUUAUGUCGACAGCAUGGGCUACGACAUCUCGAUGACGCGGGCUCCGAUCGAGCCCCUGAAGGUGCUCUUCAAGGCGUUCCGGGACAAAGGCUUCCACAUCAUCCACACGCGCGAGGGCCACAAGCCUUCCCUUUCCGACUGCCCUGACAACAAGCGCUGGCGUUCCAGGCAGAUCGGAGCGGGGAUUGGCGAUCCGGGGCCCUGCGGCCGCGUCCUGGUGCGCGGCGAGCCCGGCUGGAACCUCAUCGAGGAGCUCCAGCCUGCAGAGGGCGAGGAGGUCCUGGACAAGCCCGGCAAGGGCUCCUUCGUGGCGACCGACCUGCAUCUGAUGCUCCGGAAGAAGAAAAUCAAGAAGCUGGUCCUAACCGGCAUCACCACUGACGUCUGUGUGAGCACCACCAUGCGUGAAGCAAACGACCUGGGAUACGAUUGCCUGCUGCUCUCGGACUGCACGGCUGCAACGGAUUAUGGCAACUAUCUGGCGACGCUGAAGACCACGCAGGCUUAUGGGGGUGCUUUCGGUUGCGUAGCUUCGACUGCGGACCUGCUGCGCGCCAUGGGCGUCGAUUGCCCCACAUCACUGGAGGCAAACAUUGAGGAGUUCGAAGUCGGCAGCGGCAUCAAGGUGCGCAUGCCGAGACCUCCGACUGGCCUUUGGAUGCCCAAGUCCAUUUCGGAUACCUUCGUGUCGCCGAAGGUGGCUGCGGCAAAGGGAGCCGUUGCCGCCGAUCCAUAUGCAUGGCCAUUCGACGGUGGCAUGCGCCCGGAGAAGACAGCGCUUGUAGCCAUCAACUUCCAGAAGGACUUUUUGGAACCAGAGGGAGGCCUGCCCAAAGCUGGCCAUGCGAUCGACUCCUCUGCUGCGGUGGUUGAGAAGUCUGGAAAGGUGCUGCAGCGCAUGCGCGCCACAGGCUUUCGCGUUGUCCACGUGAGGACGGGUUUCGCACCGAAUCUCGCGGACUGCCCGCAGCGCGGGCGGCGCUUUCCGGCCGGGGCGGAUGGCCCCUUGGGCCGGUGCCUCGUCCGGGGCGAGAAGGGCUGGGAGUUCCUUUCGCAGCUCUCGCCGCUCCCGGACGAGCCCGUGGUCGAGAAGUGUGGACAUGGAGCUUUCCAUCUGACCUCCUUGGAGCUGAGCCUUCACGCUAUGGGCGUUACGCACCUUGUGGUUAUGGGUGUGCCGACCGACAUCUGUGUCCACACCACCCUGCGCCAAGCGAAUGAUCGUGGCUUUGAGUGUCUGCUGCUGUCAGACUGCACUGGGACCACGGCAAGCGACACCCAUUUCUCCGCCCUAAAGCAAGUAAAGAUGCAGCAUGGCGUCUUUGGGGCUGUGGCGACCAGCGACGCAUUGCUCAGUGCAAUGUCUGAACUGGAGGACUCAGAGUCCGUGCCCGGCAAGCGCCUGAGAACUGGCUGA